AUGUUCGAAACAUCUAGAGCACAAUUCUUCUACCUAAGUGCCCUGGGAAUAUGGGGCCUCUGGGGUUACGCAUUCUUCAACGGCAUGUUCGCGCGCCUCGACACAGUAACCCGAACUCUCCAGUUCCCAGACAAUCGCCACCUGCGCUCCACGUACACGGGUCUGGCGCCCCUCGACGCCCAACUCACCCUCCUCUCGGCAUUCUACGAUGUCCUCACAAAUUCUCUCACAUCCGGACCGCGUCUUCUAUUCUUCGACAUAAUGUACGCCGUCGCAUGUGCCAAUCUCUGGGUCCUCGUCGAAUCCCGCCGCCGGGGCGUCCGCUCCUGGUUCUUGAGGUACCCGGCCUGGGCGAUGGUGCUCUGCAACGCCAACGGCGCUGCGAUCGUGUUGCCGCUCUAUCUCUACCUCGUCUGUCGCAGCAAGGCCCGUUUGCGUGAUGCCUCGGUCCCUUGGCACCAGGCUGCGGCACUGCCUGCGACGACGUUGGUGAUUCUGCUUCAGCCGCUGCUCGUCUUCGCGCCGGCGUGGACGGGACGCGGCGGGACGCAUCUACACCACGGAUGCAUCGCACUCUUCCAGGUGGCUCCAGUAGCCGUCUUGGGAUUCCAUUUCGGCCUCUCGUCGAUUCUGCCUCGAAAAAGUGCGGGCACGUCGCAGUCGUCGAUGCGAGAUUCGAAGAGGUGGAUUGUCGCAUCUCUUAUACUCGCCGGCACCGUCGCCUCAGCCGUUCACUUCUAUACUGUGGCCGGUGCGCUGCUUAUACGCGAUGGCGACGUAUCGUUGGUCAGAUUGUUUGUUCCGGCGAGUGGCUUCGCCGAUCCGAUCGAGUCUCUGUCGAAGACAAACGGACUGCCCGCUGAGUAUGCCGCGCUGUUGGAGAAUCUUCACUUAUUUUCACAGUGGGACUGGAUUGUGGUUAGCCUCACGAGCAUAGUUUUUGCGCAUCUGCUUCUCUCACGUCGGGAUGGCGUCGAUAGAGGGAAGCUGGGGGAGGCCAACACGCCGACCGAGGUUCAGGAGUUGUUCUACCUCACCGCAGCUACGGCGGUUCUCGGACCGGGGGCUGCUGGAUCAUUUGCACUGGCAAUCCGUGAGGCAAGGGUAUAA